UUGAGAGGGAGGCUGGAACAAAGAGAAACAAACUGAAAUUUUAUUGAGUGAGUUUCUUUAGAUCAGGUUGGUUGUAAAACUUGGCUUCUGCAUUUAAACUCUUUUUCUCACAUUCAUUUUAAUAUAUUGUUGUUCAAUUUGGAUAUCUUUUUGUUACUAAUUAAUGUCUGAUUUACCUGGUGGUGUUAUUACAACUCACUGUGUUUCAACGGUUGUUCGCCCUGGAAGCAAACAGAACCAUGACCCUCUUCAGUUCGUUAAAAUCCAAUCGACUGAAUUAAGCCAAAAAGCUGUUGAACAGAUUCGCUUAGCUGAAGCUGUUAAGAUUACUAAGGAAAAGAUUAAAGAGGUUGAAGAAGAAUGGCAAAAUAAUCUUCUCAACUGGAAAUCCAAGAGAAGACAAUCUCGGUUGACUGGAGGGGAAGAAUCGGAUUCUGGUGAUAAUCAACAGCGAAAAAUCAAAACAUUUUCCGAAAUACUCAAUGAGAAAGCUAAAUCUGGUCAGCGGAUAGGUUACAAUUUGCAUAAAUAUAUCGGAAUGCAGGAUGAAGAAGAAGAAGAGAAUCUAGUUAUAACCAACAAUAACAACAAUAACAACGAUAAACGAGGGUCUUCGAGAUUUUCCAAUGGUAAGAAUGGUUCAGGUGAUUACCUAGAAGAUGAUGACUCUAAUCAGUUUAAAAACUAUGAGCAACAACAAGCUGAGUUGCAGAAAAAAAGACAAGAGUUGAAUAAUAAACUUCAAGAAUUGGAACAAUUGGAGAAGAAACAAAAUGAACUAGAAAGACAAGAGAGAAUAAACUCUCCAUCAUCUGAAAUAUCAUCACCAUCACCUCAACUUUCAAGCAACACUUCGGAAACAGCACGUAAUGACUCUCCUACCGUGAUUGUGUCAAUUGAAAAUAAAGAAAGGCAAAGUAAUCUUUCGACAGCUAAUGUGGCGAAAAACUGUGAAAUAAAGCAAAAACAAAAUGACGGUUAUAGUGAUAAAAAAGUGUUCAACUUUAACUCAUCAUCAUCUGAAUUAACAAAACGAGAGGAAUAUAACUCAGUUAGUUCAGCUCAUGAAAAUCGUCAAAAAAGUGUUUGGAAUUAUCUUUUACAGCAACAAGAUGACCCAAGAGUUGUCCACCAUUCUCAUAUUGAUCCCAACUCAGACAUGAACCAACCUAAUCUCAGACCAAAUAGUCAAUAUAUCAAUGCUGAUUCAGAGAGUGAUGACGAUCAUCUCAAUGAUAGUAUGGAUGCCGAUGAAGCUGCUGAAAAGGAACAAAUGCUUUCUUUCCGAGCCAAAUUAUCCACCUUUGAAAGUUUAUCUAAAAGUGACGCAUCAGCUCAACAGCAACCCUCCAAACAAGUUAAAAAAUCUGAGAAAGUAAAGAGAACUGCUGAUCAGAUUACAUCUCGAUUAUUUCCAACCACAACAUCAGCCAAUAGUUGUUCACCAUCAUCCUCACAAACCUCUUCAUGUACCACACUUUCCGCUGCUGCUACACCAACAGUUUCAAUUCAAAAUUUGAAAGACUUGGAAAACAAUUCUGUAAUUAAAAAUAGACCUCCUACCGUUGAAGAUCUCGCUCAUAAAGAAGAAAUGAAAGUGUUACAACAAAGAUUACAAAAUCAAAAUAUUGGCGAACAGCAAAAGCAUUUUCAUUCAACCCAACAACCAACUUUACCAGUAAACUCAAUUAACCAAAAUUCACAUCAAAAGCUUCAUCCUAUCCAACAACAAGCCAAUCUAGAUAAAUCAUGGAACCAGAAUUCACCUUCUCAUUUACCGCUAAACCAAAUGUCCAAAGUCUGCAAUCCUCAAGUUAAUAAUAGCAAUAAUAGUCUUGUUCACCCUCAUCAACAACACCAUUACCAUAGUAGGACCAGUAGUGAAGAGACUCGUGAGUCUAGUAGCACUUGGGAAACAUCAAAUUUUGUCUGUGACAAGGAAGUGGAAAAAAUUUCUGAACGAAUGAACAGAGGAAAUGUGAUUCCAGCUGAAUUUGGUGGAAAUGGUCAUGAAACCAUUACUUCAACCUCGGUACAUUACAACAACUCUGGUCCACCUGGUUUACCGGCAACCUCAAUGAAUCAACACUAUCACAGUUCAUCUCACCUUUCCCAUCCUCAUCUACUUCAACAACAACGGUCACAGUAUGGCUAUGAUCAGGUUAAAAUGAAUCGACAUUCAGUGCCAAAUCUAAACGGUCCUGGGAAGGAGGAUAUGAUCAGCAACAAUAUUACUUAA